AUGGGUGUCGGCCUGAGGAAGCUGGCCCUGCUCUGGGCCCUGGGCCUCACUCUGGCCUGUGCCCAGCACACAGGCCACGCCCGGGACAGCGCUGCAGAGCUCGGCUAUGCGUACCCGGACCUCCCUCCUGCCCCCCAGGGGCCUGGCGGCAAUUCCCUCCGCGGGGUGACCAUCCACCCGCCUCUGAGGAGCACCCCCCUGGUGCGAGCCCUGAACGCGGCGCACCGCGGGCGGGUGUGCAGCACGUGGGGCGACUUCCACUACAAGACCUUCGACGGCGACGUCUUCCGCUUCCCCGGGCUGUGCAACUACGUCUUCUCUGCGCACUGCGGUGCCGCCUACGAGGACUUCAACCUCCAGCUCCGCCGCGGCCCAGGCCCCAAUGCCACCGCGCCCAGCAGGGUCACCAUGAAGCUUGAUGGCAUGGUCGUCGAGCUGACCAAGGGCUCCGUCCUGGUCAACGGCCGCCCGAUUCAGCUUCCCUUCAGCCGCUCCGGAGUCCUCAUCGAGCAGCGCAGCAGCGACGUGAAGGUGGCGGCCAGGCUGGGCCUGGUCUUCAUGUGGAACCAGGAUGACAGCCUCCUGCUGGAGCUGGACGCCAAGUACGCCAACCAAACCUGCGGGCUCUGCGGAGACUUCAAUGGUGUCCCCGUCUUCAACGAGUUCUUCUCCCACAACAUCAAGCUGACCGCCACAGAGUUUGGGAAUCUGCAGAAGAUGGACGGCCCCACGGAGCAGUGUCAGGACCCUGCCCCUGAGCCCCCCAUGAACUGCUUGACCGGUUUGGGCAUCUGCGAGGAGAUGCUGAGCAGCCAGCCGUUCUCGGACUGUGCCGCCCUGGUGGACGCCAGCAGCUACCUGGAGGCCUGCCGGCAAGAUCUCUGCCACUGUGACCAGGCCAACCUCACCAGCUGCCUCUGUCACACCCUUGCCGAGUACUCCCGCCAGUGUACCCACGCCGGGGGGCUGCCCCUGGACUGGCGGGGCCCCCAGCUCUGCCCCCAGACGUGCUCCCUCAACAUGCAGUACCGCGAGUGUGGGUCGCCCUGCACGGACACCUGCUCCAACCUGGAGCACUCCCAGCUCUGUGAGGACCACUGCAUCGCGGGCUGCUUCUGCCCCGAGGGGACGGUGCUGGAUGACAUCAGCCACACUGGCUGCAUCCCAGUGCCCCAGUGCUCCUGUGUGUACAACGGGGCCACCUACACUCCAGGGACCGGCUACUCCACAGACUGCACCAACUGCACCUGCUCUGGAGGCCGGUGGAGAUGCCAGGAGGUGCAGUGCCCGGGCACCUGCUCGGUGUUGGGUGGUGCCCACUUCUCCACGUUCGACGAGAGGCAGUACACGGUACACGGGGACUGCAGCUACGUGCUGGCCAAGCCCUGUGACAGCAAUGCCUUCACUGUGCUGGCCGAGCUGCGCAGGUGUGGACUGACCAACAGUGAGACCUGCCUGAAGAGCCUGACGCUGAUUCUGGGUGGGGGGCACAUGGUCUCCGUGGUAAAGGCCAGCGGGGAGGUGUUUGUGAACCAGAUCUACACCCAGCUGCCCCUCUCGGCAGCCAACGUCACGCUCUUCAGACCUUCCACCUUCUUCAUCAUCGCCCAGACCCAGCUGGGCCUGCAGCUGGACAUCCAGCUGGUGCCCGUCAUGCAGGUGUUUGUGAGGCUGGCGCCCCAGCUCCAGGGGCAGACCUGCGGCCUGUGCGGGAACUUCAACCAGAACCAGGCCGACGACUUCCGGACCAUCAGCGGCGUGGUGGAGGGCACAGCUGCCGCCUUCGCCAACACCUGGAAGACCCAGGCCGCCUGCCCCAACAUCAAGAACAGCUUGGAGGACCCCUGCUCCCUCAGCGUGGAGAACGAGAAAUACGCUCAGCACUGGUGCUCGCGGCUGACAGACCCCCACGGCCCCUUCACCCGCUGUCACGCUGCUGUGAACCCCAGCACCUACUACUCGAACUGCAUGUUUGACACGUGCAACUGUGAGAAGAGCGAGGACUGCAUGUGCGCGGCCCUGUCCUCCUACGUGCGGGCCUGCGCCGCCCGGGGUGUGCUGCUCGGCGGCUGGCGGGACGGCGUGUGCACAAAGCCCAUGACCACCUGCCCCCAGUCGCUGACCUACCUCUACAACAUCAGCACCUGCCAGCCCACCUGCCGGGCCCGGAGUGACGCGGACGUCACCUGUAGCAUCAGCUUCGUCCCAGUGGACGGCUGCACCUGCCCUGACGGCACCUUCCUGGAUGAUAUGGGCAAGUGUGUGCCGGCCACCAGCUGCCCCUGCUACCAUGGGGGCUCCUUGGUCCCCGAUGGGGAGUCGACGCACGAGCAGGGGGUCAUCUGCACCUGCACCCAGGGCACACUGACCUGCAUCGGAGGCCAUGCCCCAGCUCCAGUCUGUACCCCACCCAUGGUCUACUUCGACUGCCGCAAUACCACGCCUGGGGCCGCUGGGGCUGGCUGUCAGAAGAGCUGCCACACCCUGGACAUGGACUGUUACAGCUCCCAGUGUGUGCCUGGCUGUGUGUGUCCCCACGGGCUGGUGGCCACUGGUGACGGCGGCUGCAUCCCUGUGUCCGACUGCCCUUGUGUGCACAACGAGGCCAGCUACAAGCCGGGCCAGAGCAUCCGGGUGGGCUGCAACACCUGCACCUGUAAGAGCAGGACGUGGCAGUGCACAGACAAGCCCUGCCCGGCCACCUGCGCGGUGUAUGGCGACGGCCACUACCUCACCUUCGACGGGCAGCGCUACAGCUUCAGCGGGGACUGCGAGUACACACUGCUUCAGGACCACUGUGGGGGGAAUGGCAGCGCCCAGGACAGCUUCCGUGUCAUCACCGAGAACGUCCCCUGUGUCACCACCGGGACCACCUGCUCCAAGGCCAUCAAGAUCUUCCUGGGGAGCUACGAGCUGAAGCUGAGUGACGGGAAUGUGGAGGUGAUCGAGAAGGAACGGGGGCAGGUGCCCCCCUUCUCCAUCCGCCAGAUGGGCAUCUACCUGGUGGUAGACACGGAUGUCAGCCUGGUGGUGCUGUGGGACAAGCGGACCAGCAUCUCCCUCAGACUCAGCCCCGAGUUCAAGGGGAGGGUCUGCGGGCUGUGCGGGAACUUUGACGACAACGCCCUCAAUGACUUCACCACGCGGAGCCAGUCCGUGGUGGGCGACGUGCUGGAGUUCGGCAACAGCUGGAAAUUCUCCCCAUCCUGCCCGGACGCCCAGGCCCCCAAGGACCCCUGCACUGCCAACCCGUACCGCAAGUCCUGGGCCCAGAAGCAGUGCAGCAUCAUCAACAGCGUCACCUUCAGUGCCUGCCACGCCCACGUGGAGUCGGCCAGGUACUACGAGGCUUGCGUGAGCGACGCGUGCGCCUGCCACUCGGGGGGCGACUGCGAGUGUUUCUGCACGGCCGUGGCCGCCUAUGCCCAUGCCUGCCACGAAGUGGGCGUGUGCGUAUCCUGGCGGACCCCGGACAUCUGCCCCUUCUUCUGCGACUACUACAACCCCCAGGGCCAGUGCGAAUGGCACUAUCAGCCCUGCGGGGUCCCCUGCCUGAGGACCUGCCGGAACCCCAGCGGCCGGUACCUGCACGACGUCCGCGGCCUGGAAGGCUGCUACCCCAAGUGCCCAUCAGAGGCCCCCAUCUUCGAUGAGGACCAGAUGCGAUGUGUAGCUUCAUGCCCAACCCCGACGUUCUGCCACGUCCAGGGCAGGUCCUACCGGCUGGGCUCCGCGGUGCCCUCGGAAAAGAACUGCCACUACUGCGUUUGCACUGAGAGCGGCGUGCAGUGCACCUACGACUCUGAGGCCUGUGUCUGCACCUACGAUGGGAGGCGCUUCCGUCCCGGGGAAGUCAUCUACCACACGACAGACGGCACGGGGGGCUGCAUCUCCGCCCGCUGUGGGGCUAACGGCACCAUCGAGAGGAGGGUCGAAGCCUGCGGCCCUACCCCCCGCACCCCCCAAACCACCUUCACCUUCUCUACACCCCUGACCGUCGUGAGCUCGACGCUUCCACCCGGCACACACCCCAGCCCUUCCGAAAGGACAGCCCACGCUCCGAGCUCGGCCCCGGCCACCACCCCGGGCACAUCCCCUGGACCAACCCCGCCCACAGCCUCGGCCCCGCCCUCGUCCCGGCCCCGCUGUGGGGAGGCGUGCCAGUGGUCGCCAUGGCUGGAUGUCAGCCGUCCAGGAUGGGGCACAGACAGCGGUGACUUCGACACGCUGGAGAACCUCCGUGCCUAUGGGCACCGGGUGUGCCGAGCGCCGAGGGCGGUGGAGUGCCGAGCCGAGGGCGCCCCCGAGGUGCCGCUGGAAGUCCUGGGGCAGCGCGUGCAGUGCAGCCCGACGGUGGGGCUGACCUGCUACAACAGGGACCAGGCCUCUGGGCGCUGUUACAACUACCAGAUCAGGGUCCUGUGCUGCUCCCCCCGGGCCUGCCCCACGAGCAGUACAGAGACCACCCCUCCCGCAACCUUCAGCACAACCGAAACUGGGCCCACGCCAGGAACCAGCGGGGUUGCAUCUGUGCCGACAGGGAGGACAGGUUCCUCAGCCCCUGUCACCACACCUGGCCCAACCACUGCCUCUACGACGAACAGAACACCUGGCCCAGGUACCUCAACAACUGGGAAAAUAACCCUCUCGACUCCCAGCCCAGCGCCAGUUUCCACCACAACCUCUGUGUCAACCAUAACUCCAGGGCCCUCGAAGGGAACCUCAUCUGAGCCAACCCAGGUCACCUGUUUACAGGAAUCAUGCACCUGGACCAGGUGGCUUGACAGCAGCUCCCCUGGGGCCGGGAUGGACGGUGGAGACUUUGACAGUUUUCAGAACCUGAGAUCCAAAGGUUAUAAAUUCUGUGCAAACCCCAAGAACGUGGAAUGCCGGGCAGAAGCCUUUCCCAACAUCACACUGCAGACACUGGGGCAGAACCUGAUCUGUGACAAAAACGUGGGGCUGAUUUGCUGGAACAAAGACCAGCUGCCCCCCAUCUGCUACAACUACCAAAUCCGGAUCCUGUGCUGUGAGAUGGUGGAUGUUUGCACAACAAAGACCAGACCCCCUACCACACCUGGGCCCACACACACGACCACAGGUGAAACCAGCACUGCCUGGACCACUGCAACUUUCUCGUCUUCCACACAACACAGCGCUGCCAGCUCGGCAUAUGUGCCCCCCAAAACGAGGGUCACAACCAGAAAAACUGAGCAGUCCCCUCUGGGGACCACCUCUUGCCAGCCACAGUGCACAUGGACCAAGUGGUUCGAUGCGGACUUCCCAUUUUCUGGGCCCCACGGAGGAGACUUUGAAACGUACAGCAACAUCGUCAGAAGAGGAGAGAAGAUCUGCCACCGACCCGAAUACAUCAGCGCCCUGGAGUGCCGAGCCGAGAACCACCCAGAUGUCAGCAUCCAGAUGCUGGGCCAGGUGGUGCAGUGCAGCCUGGAAGUGGGCUUGGUGUGUCGGAACCGGGACCAGAAGGGCAAGUUCAGGAUGUGCCUCAACUACGAGGUGCGUGUGCUGUGCUGUGAGCCCCAGAAAGGCUGCCCUGUCACACAUGCCACAGUUCCCAGCACUUCAAGUACAACCGGCCCAUCCACAACUCCUAGAACCAGCACCACCAAUGUGGAGACAACCAGCACAACAUCAGCUGCUACAACCAGCACCACCACUGUGGAGACAACCAGCCCAACCACAGCUCCUACAAUUAGCACUACCACUGUGGAGACAACCGGACCAACCACAGCUCCUAGAACCAGCACCACCACUGUGGAGACAACCAGCCCAACCACAGCUCCUACAAUUAGCACCACGACUGUGGAGACAACCAGCACAACAUCAGCUGCUACAACCAGCACCACCACUGUGGAGACAACCAGCACAACCACAGCUCCUAGAACCAGCACCACCACUGUGGAGACAACCAGCCCAACCACAGCUCCUACAAUUAGCACCACCACUGUGGAGACAACCAGCACAACAUCAGCUGCUACAACCAGCACCACCACUACAGCUAGCCCAACCACAGCUCCUGCAACCAGUACCACCACUGUGGGGACAACCAGCAGAACAUCAGCUCCUACAACCAGCACAACUUUUGUCACUAUACCUGAAACAACCCACUCCCAACCCAGGACCACCUCCUGCCAGCCACAGUGCCUGUGGACCAAGUGGUUUGAUGCGGACUUCCCAUCUCCUGAGCCCCAAGGAGGAGACUUUGAAACCUACAGCAACAUCAUCAGAAGAGGAGAGAAGAUCUGCCACAGACCCGAAUACAUCAGCGCCCUGGAGUGCCGAGCCGAGAACCACCCAGAUGUCAGCAUCCAGACACUGGGGCAGGUGGUACAGUGCAGCCUGGAAGUGGGCCUGGUUUGUCGGAACCGGGACCAGAAGGGAAGGUUCAGGAUGUGCCUCAACUACGAGGUGCGCGUGCUGUGCUGUGAGCCCCAGAAAGGCUGCCCUGUCAACUCUGUGACUCCCUUUGUGACUUCAAGUCCCCAGUCCUCACUCUCUCCCAAGUCCACCACCCCCACGGUUUCCCUGGUGACCUCCCCCAGCUCCGCAGCGCCCUCCACCUCCACGUGCUACUGCAGUGUGGCCGACAGGUUCUACCCCGCAGGAUCCAUCAUUUACCAACAGACAGACCUCUCCGGACACUGCUAUUAUGCCGUUUGCAGCCUGGACUGCCACGUGGUCAGGCGGACCGACCACACCUGUCCCACCAGCACGCCCCCUCCUGCCCCGGCCACCUCCAUGCCAGUGUCCUCCUCUUCUGCCUCUGUGACUGUUACUCAGGGCGGAUGCCCAAACGUCGUCCCCCCAAGGACGAAAGGCGAAACCUGGGCCAUGCCCAACUGCUCUGAGGCCACUUGUGAGGGCAACGGGGUCAUCACCGUGAGGCCGCGCCAGUGUCCAAAGGCGCAGAAGCCCACCUGCACCAACGGCUACCCCGCUGUGAUGGUGACCAGCCAGGAGGACUGCUGCCCGCACUACGAGUGCCCAUGCGUGUGUAGCCGCUGGGGCGAACCCCACUACGUCACUUUCGAUGGCACAUACUACACUUUUCUGGACAACUGCACGUAUGUGCUGGUGCAGCAGAUCGUGCCCGUGUUCGGACACUUCCGGGUGCUGAUCGAGAGCUACUUGUGUGACGCUGAGGAUGGGCUGCCCUGCCGACAGUCCAUCAUCGUCGAGUACCAGAAGGGCCGUGUCGUGCUGACCCUCAAGCCUGUCGGAGGGGUGAUGACCAAUGAGAUCACCUUCAACGGUGAGGUGGUCAGACCCGGCUUCCAGAAAGACGGCAUCGUCGUCUCCCAAAUCGGCACCAAGAUGUACGUGACCAUCCCCGCCCUCGGUGUCCAGGUCAUGUUCAGCGGCCUCAUCUUCUCCGUGGAGCUGCCUUUCAGCAAAUUCGCCAACAACACGGAGGGGCAGUGCGGCACCUGUACCAAUGACCAGAAGGACGAGUGCCGCCUGCCCGGAGGAGCGGUGGUACCCUCCUGCUCCGACAUGCCCGGCCACUGGAAUGUGACAUACCCCGGCCAGCCAUCCUGCCCCAGGCCUCCCUUGAUGCCCACCACAGUUGAGCCCAAGAAAACGCCCACCUCGUGUCCACCUUCGCCAAUCUGCCAGCUAAUUCUGAGCAAGGUCUUCAAGCCGUGUCACUUGGUGAUCCCCCCGUGGCCAUACUACCAAAGCUGCACCUUUGACGAGUGCCACACGCCCAGGGUGCACAUGCCGUGCUCCAGCCUGGAGCUGUACGCCACCCUCUGCGCGUCCCUCAGUGUGUGCAUCGACUGGAGGGGCCUGACCAACCACACAUGCCCUUUCACCUGCCCUGCUGACAAGGUGUACCAGCCCUGCGGCCCGUCCAUUCCUUCCUACUGCUACACGAACGACAGUGCCAGUGCCCUGGCCCUCCCGGAAGCCGUUCCCGUUCCCAUGACGGAAGGCUGCUUCUGCCCCGAGGACAUGAAGUUGUUCAGCUCGAGCGCGGAGGUCUGCGUGCCAGCCAGCUGCAGCAGUUGCCUGGGGCCCCACGGGGAGCCUGUGGAGCCUGGCCACACUGUCAGCGUGGACUGUCAGGAGUGCACCUGCAAGGGUGGCACCUGGACUCUGAGCUGCCAGACUCGGCCCUGUGCCCCGCCCCCCGCCUGCCCCGAGCCCGGCUUCGUGCCAGUGCCCGCGGCCCUGCAGACCGGCCAGUGCUGUCCCCAGUACACUUGCGUCUGCAACACCACAUACUGCCCCCCGCCCGAGGACUGCCCAGAAGGUUCGCGCUCCAUCCUGGCCUAUAAGGAAGGGGCUUGCUGCCCGACCCAAAACUGCAGCUGGACCGUCUGCAGCAUCAACGGCACCUUGUACCAGCCUGGUGCCAUAGUCUCCUCGAACCUGUGCGAAAAGUGUUGGUGUGAGUUGCCCGGUGGCCCCCAGUCGGAUACGUUUGUGAUCAGCUGUGACACCCAGAUCUGCAGCACCCAUUGCCCCGUGGGCUUCGAGUACCAGACACAGAGAGGGCAGUGCUGUGGCGAGUGCGUGCAGGUGGCCUGUGUCAUGAACACCAGCGACAGCUCUGCUCACCUCUUCUACCCCGGCGAGUCCUGGUCAGACCCCGGGAGCCGCUGCGUGACACACGAGUGUGAGAAGUACCAGGAUGGGCUCGUGGUGGUGACCACGAAGAAGGCGUGUCCCCCACUCAGCUGUCCCGCGGACAAGGCUCGGCUGAGCGAGGACGGCUGCUGCCCCUUCUGCCCCCAACCCCAAGCCCAGAACAGGUCGACCUGCGCCGUGUACCACGAGCUUCAGGUCCUCCGGCAGCCAGGCUGCAGCUCCGUGGUGCCCGUGCCCCUCACCUACUGCCGGGGCAACUGUGGGGACACCACCUCCAUGUACUCCCCGGAGGCCCGCACCAUGGAGCACAGAUGCAGCUGCUGUCGCGAGCUGCGGGUCUCUCUGCGGAACGUGACCCUGCGCUGUGAGGACGGCUCCAGCCAGGCCUUCAGCUACACCGAGGUGGAGGAGUGCGGCUGCGUGCGCCUGCGCUGUGACUCCCACGGGGGCCUCGGCCACUCAGGGGAGGUGCAGGGUGCCGAGCGCAGCCGGGAGGCAGGGCUCAGGCGCAAGAGCAGAGGCGCCCCGGCUUCCCGGCCUUUGCAGUCCAGCGGCCCUGGGUGUACAGUGGCCCUGACGGGCUUGCAGCCGCCGGCUCAGGACCAACCCGUGUGGGCAGGGGGUGGGGGAGGCUCCUCUGGCUGUGGGUCUAGCCUGCUGGCCCCAGCCUUCAGCAUCACGUAA